AUGCAACAGGAACACGACCCUGGACUUUGGCACUACGAAGGGAAGGUGUUUGUCUUCACGCUUGGUGCUAGCGCGGAGGAAAAAGAAACGCUGAAGACGUGCACCUGGGCUGCUGGCAAUCAGUUCCAGCUUGCCGUGGCCGGCCGCCUGGGCGUUAUCCGUGUCUUCGGGGUCUAUGAGGGGCUUCAUGUCCUCCAGAACCUGGUUGGUCACACGGGCUCUGUGAACCACCUGUGCACCAAGCCUGACGACCCGGACAUCAUUUUGUCUGCCUCCACAGAUGGUUCUGUCCGAAUGUGGAACAUCUGGUAUGUCUCUUGCGUUAUGAGGAACAAGAGCUAA